AUGCACCACGACGACUAUACGGUAGGAUGCAUCUGCGCUUUGCCGACGGAGAUGACGGCUGCGAUGAGCAUGCUCGAUAGCCGUCAUGACACUUUGCAGCCUCGCCCUCACGACGAUAACAAUUAUGCCCUCGGGAGGAUUGGAAAGCACAACGUUGCGAUCGCCUGUCUACCCGUGACUGGAACCAACUCUGCUGCAAUUGUAGCCACUCGCAUGCUAUCAACAUUCAAUGCAAUUAGGUUUAGCCUAAUGGUUGGCAUUGGAGGGGGGGUUCCGAACCCGAGCACGGACGAUAUCCGCCUGGGCGACGUCGUGGUUAGCAAACCGGGCACCAAAUCUGGGGGAGUCGUUCAAUAUGACUUUGGAAAGACGUUGCAAGACAACCGGUUCGUACAUACUGGCACCUUAAAUAGGCCACCAGAUGUAUUGCUCACUGCGGUAAAUGCCUUGAAAGCAAGCCAUGGAUUGGGUCCGUCCCAGCUUCCAAAAUACUUGUCAGAAGGUAUAUCGGAUUACUCGAAGCAAGAAGGGAAUUUCAAAUAUCAAGGCCCAGAGAAUGACGUCUUGUUUGAGGCAGGGUAUGCCCAUAAAGAUAAGGACGCCACAGAUUGCAAAAGUUGCGACAAAAGCAUGUUGAUCGAACGGAAACCGCGCACUCGAACUGAUCCAAGGAUCCAUUACGGUGUGAUAGCGUCUGGAAAUCAAGUUAUACGAGAUGGAUUGACACGGGAAAGAUUGAGAAAGGAGUUCGAUAUUCUAUGUUUCGAGAUGGAGGCGGCUGGGUUGAUGGAUAGUUUUCCCUGCCUUGUGAUUCGCGGAAUCUGUGAUUAUGCGGAUUCACACAAGAAUAAGAGAUGGCAGCAGUACGCGGCAGCGACAGCGGCAGCAUAUGCAAAGGAGCUUCUCAACUUUAUCCCUCAGGGCCAGGUCAUUACAACAGGGCGAAUAACGCAGGAGAUCACAAAUCCCUACAACGGUUAUCAACAAGAGCAGGCUGAAGCAGUGGCACCGGAACGCGCUCUUGCAGAUUCUCAAGCAACAAAAUUACUCUCGGAAAACGGAUUCGAUAUCACAAUGGGUGCCACAAAAAAGGAUGCGCUACUGUGGGCGGCGAAGAAUGGACACGCAGCUGCGGUGCAUCUACUGUUGGACAAGGGAGCUAACGCAAACUCAAAAGAUGCAAAACGAGGCGGAAUGACGCCGUUGCAUCUAGCGGCCCUUGGAGGACAUGAGGAAGUGGUGCAGUUGCUAUUAGAGAAAGGAGCAGACCCUACAGUGAGAAGCGUUAAAGGAGCGACGCCUGAGCAGGUGGCAAGAUCUCUUGGCAAAACAGCUAUAGCAGACCUAUUUUAG